AAAAAGAGCACAUCGUGUGUUAAGAGAUAGCAUUUAGAAUGAAAACGACAUUUUAAAAAAUUCCACUGAAGAGAGGCUAUUGCCGUCUUCAUAGUUAAUGACAACAUUGGUUGCUCAAUUGAAAGCUGAUACUUGAAGAGUGACGUAACAGGCACGUUCAUUUCCUGCUUUAUUUGCAAAGGAUGCAGAUCAUGAGGUGGAAGACUUUCUUUAGUUUUAUUUGCCUUACUGGGUAUUUAUGUACCGGGGAUCCUUCCGAUCGCCGCUACCAACCGAACUGGAAGAGUCUUGAUAGCAGGCCUUUACCCGGCUGGUAUGACGAGAGUAAAUUUGGGAUUUUCAUCCACUGGGGAGUAUUUUCUGUGCCCAGUUUCGGGAGCGAGUGGUUCUGGUGGAACUGGAAAGGGGCGCAUUCACUUAAAUAUGUGGAGUUUAUGGCAAAGAACUACCCACCGGGGUUCGAAUACAGCGAGUUCGCUCCAGAAUUCACCGCAAGCUUUUUCAAUCCGGAUCAAUGGGCGGAAUUGUUCCAGGAAUCCGGAGCCAGGUAUGUGGUGCUGACAACAAAGCACCAUGAAGGGUUCACAAACUGGGGAUCGCCUGUGUCCUGGAACUGGAACUCAAUUGACACAGGUCCACAUCGAGAUCUAGUGGGUGACCUGGCAGCUGCAGUUCGUAAGCGGAAUUUACAUUAUGGAGUGUAUCAUUCUCUCUUUGAGUGGUUUAACCCUCUCUACUUAUACGAUAAGCAAAACAAAUUCAAGACCCAGAAAUUUGUUAUGGAAAAAACGUUACCAGAACUGUACGAUCUGGUCUUAAGGUAUAAACCAGAUAUAAUCUGGUCAGAUGGUGCCUGGGAAGCACCAGACACUUACUGGAAUUCCACUGAAUUUCUGGCCUGGCUUUACAAUGAUAGCCCUGUCAAGGAUACUGUGGCAACUAAUGACCGCUGGGGAGCUGGCUGUUCCUGUAAACAUGGCGGCUUCUUCAACUGUGCAGACAAAUACAGCCCCACCAAACUGCAGAACCAUAAAUGGGAGAAGUGUACCACGCUCGACAAAUGGUCAUGGGGAUAUCGCAGAGAUAUGCGGAUGAGUGACGUGGAAGAUCUGCCAUCCAUUAUCACUAGUUUCCUGGACACCAUUGUUUAUGGUGGCAACUUCCUGCUCAACAUUGGUCCGACCAAAGAUGGCAUCAUCCCUCCAAUCUUUGAGGAAAGGUUGCGUGGCAUGGGUCAGUGGCUGCGUGUUAAUGGUGAAGCAAUAUAUGCAUCAACACCGUGGCGAGUUCAGAAAGAGAACUCCACCAACAUAAUAUGGUACACCAGUAAGGGAUCCUCAGUUUAUGCAGUGUUCACAAAAUGGCCCACUGACAAUACCCUUCAGCUGGAUUCACCAAAGACAUCGCUGAACACCACUGUAACAAUGCUGGGAAUCCCACGGCCUCUGAAAUGGAAGACUUCUCCCACCAAAGGCAUUCUCAUCUUCUUGUCCCCUCUUUCUCCAUUUACUGUCCCCUCAAAAAAUGGUUGGACAGUGAAAAUGGAAGGAGUUUCAUAAUCAGCAAAAGCUGUUAAUUCCACUGAGAAUAAGAAAGGAAACAAAUUUUAGUUUAUGAUUUUAAAAGUGAAUAAACAUGAUUGUUUUGAUCAUUUUUUUUUAAUGAAGAUUAUACAGUGGAUGUGAAAUGAAAAACAUGACCAAGGUUUGAAUUAUUGACCACAAAUUCCAGAUGUUGAGGUUAAGUGCUAUGACUUUUGCAAACUGAUAACUUCAUACUGCUUUGCAUUACUUGUGAUUUUAAAAAGAUUGUGCUACCUGGGGAAGAUUAAUGAUCAAAACAUGAGUUUUCAAAGGUUGGUUUAGAGCAAAGCUCAGGUGAUAGUACUGUUGAGCAAUACUCCAAGUAAUACCAGUAGUUUUUUUUUGAAGGUGAACUUGAUGUACAAAUCUUUACAACAAUGGUAAGAUCAAAUAUUUUUGCUAAUGAGAAACUAAACUAAUAGAUGCUUAUUGAAAGCAAGUUAAAUGAUUUUUUUGGGGAUUUGAAAAUUAACACUUUAGUUACUGCUUUCCAAAAUCAGUAUCAGUUCAUGUCUAAGACCAGAUCCUACAACAAGUCCCUGGUGCUUCAUAGGAUAUACAAGAAUAUUGGUGCCAGUCAUGGAAGAAUGGAAGAAGCCUCUCUACCAACUUCACUCCAAUAUUACAGAAUUGCUUUGGGAUUAAGGUGUAUAACUAUUUUAAUGGAGCUUUCUAACAUGGGGCUAUCUGUUGAUUCAUACAAAUACUGCAGUUUGAUUUGUUAUUGAUGUAAUCACAGUAAAUAAACUGCAGUUGUACUGGAAA